CGUUGGCCGCGUCCGGCGGCCAUCUUCCCUGCCGGCUGCUGCUCUCAGUCCAGCGUGGGUCCGCGGCCUGCGGGCGCCUGGACCGCGGCGGGAGCAGCGGGAGCGUGGAUGAGGGUCGGCGAGGAGGGGCCGUCCCCAGCGUCGCCGCCCCUCCGCCCGCGGCAGGCCGGGCUCCCGUCGGGGCCGCAGCCUGGCGCGGCCUCGUCCCCGCCGCCGGGGACGCUGCCGGCCCGGGCCCUUCCCCUCGGCCCGCUCCCGCGGGGCCCCGUGCCCAGGGGCGCCUCCCCGAGCCCCGGCGCGCCGCGCCGCUCUCAGGCCGGGACUCCUCCCAGAUGGGAUAAGCCGGGAAGAUGUUCAGUUUCGAAGGGGACUUCAAAACGAGGCCCAAGGUGUCCCUCGGAGGCGCGAGCAGGAAGGAAGAAAAGGCUUCUCUUUUACAUCGUACUCAGGAAGAAAGAAGAAAGAGAGAGGAAGAAAGGCGAAGAUUGAAAAAUGCAAUAAUUAUCCAGUCAUUUAUUCGAGGAUACAGAGUCAGAAAACAGCAAUGCUGCAUCCAAAGAAGUGCGUUCGAUCGUCGCACUGACUUGUCACAGUCUGGUGGCACCUUUUCUGUUGCUAAUGGCCCUAAUCUGACCCUUCUGGUGAGGCAACUUCUGUUUUUUUAUAAACAGAAUGAAGACUCAAAACGUCUGAUAUGGAUGUAUCAGAACUUAAUUAAACACAGCUCUCUGUUUGUCCAGCAGUUGGAUGGAUCUGAGAGACUGACAUGCUUAUUUCAGAUAAAGAGGUUGAUGAGCCUCUGUUGCAGGUUACUGCAAAGCUGUAGUGAUGACAGUCUGAAUGUUGCACUUCCAAUGAGGAUGCUUGAGGUGUUCUCGUCUGAGGGCACCUACUUGCCUGUUCUACAAGAUGCUAGCUAUGUGGUGUCAGUAAUUGAACAAAUUUUGCACUACAUGAUUCAAAAUGGGUAUUAUAGGUCUCUCUAUUUGUUAAUUAACAGCAAGCUUCCAUCAAGCAUUGAAUAUUCUGAUUUAUCUCGAGUUCCUAUAGCAAAAGUUUUGCUGGAGAAUGUUCUAAAACCGUUGCACUUUACUUACAACUCCUGUCCAGAAGGUGCGAGGCAGCAAGUCUUUACAGCCUUCACAGAGGAGUUUCUUACAGCACCUUUCACAGAGCAGAUCUUCCACUUCUUCGUUCCGGCGCUAGCGGACACGCAGGCUGGCUUCCCGUACGAGCCCUUCCUGCACGCUCUGCUGUCGCUGGAGAGCAGGCGCUCGCGGGCCUGCGGCGGGGCACCAUGGCUUCUCUACUUUGUUUUAACUGUUGGCGAAAAUUUCCUGGGGACCCUCUCUGAAGAAGGACUGCUUGGGUAUUUAAGAGUACUCCAGACCUUUCUUUCUCAGUUGCCAGUCUCGCCUGCCAAUACAAGCUGCCAGGAUUCAGCCAGUGACUCUGAAGAGGAGAGUGAAGAGGCUGACAAGCAGAUGAGCACCCCAGAGGAUGGUAGACUGUCGGUGUCGUACAUAACAGAGGAGUGCCUGAAGAAGCUGGAUGCCAAGCAGCAGACCAAUGCCCUGUUAAACCUGGUCUGGAGGGACUCUGCGGGCGAGGAGGCCUUCACGCUGAUGGCCGCCGUCUGCCACACGCUGAUGGUGCAGCAUCGCGUGAUGGUCCCGAGAGUCAGGCUUCUCUACAGUUUAGCCUUUAAUGCCAGGUUUCUGAGACAUCUUUGGUUUCUCAUAUCCUCUAUGACGACACGGAUGAUCACAGGGUCUAUGGUGCCAUUGCUUCAGGUGAUAUCACGGGGUUCUCCUAUGUCUUUUGAAGAUUCUAGUCGUAUCAUCCCGCUCUUCUAUCUUUUUAGCUCCUUGUUUAGUCAUUCGCUGAUUUCCAUCCAUGACAACGAAUUCUUCGGGGACCCCAUAGAGGUUGUAGGUCAAAGACAAUCAUCAAUGAUGCCUUUUACUUUAGAAGAGCUGGUAAUGUUGUCCCGGUGCCUUCGAGAUGCAUGCUUAGGGAUCAUCAAGCUGGCUUAUCCGGAAACAAGGCCAGAAGUCCGAGAAGAAUACGUCAUAGCACUUCAAAGCAUUGGCGUUACUACUAAUUAUGAAAUGCAGCAGUGCAUACAAAUGGAACAGAAACGGUGGAUUCAGUUAUUCAAGGUCAUCACCAAUCUGGUGAAAAUGCUGAAGUCCAGAGACACAAGGAGAAAUUUCUGUCCUCCAAAUCACUGGCUGUCAGAGCAAGAAGAUAUCAAAGCAGAUAAGGUCACCCAGCUCUAUGUGCCAGCUUCCAGGCACGCGUGGCGGUUCCGGCGAAUGGGGAGAAUAGGCCCCCUGCAGUCCACCCUGGAUGUAGGCUUGGAGCCCCCACCACUGUCCGUGUCCGAGGAGAGACAACUUGCCAUCCUUACCGAGCUGCCCUUCGUGGUCCCGUUUGAGGAACGAGUAAAGAUCUUUCAAAGGUUGAUUUAUGCAGAUAAGCAAGAAGUUCAAGGAGAUGGUCCAUUUCUGGAUGGAAUAAAUGUCACAAUAAGAAGAAAUUAUAUUUAUGAAGAUGCUUAUGAUAAACUUUCCCCAGAAAAUGAGCCUGAUUUGAAAAAGCGGAUCCGCGUGCACUUACUCAAUGCGCAUGGCCUGGAUGAAGCUGGCAUUGAUGGUGGUGGUAUUUUCAGAGAGUUUCUGAAUGAACUACUGAAGUCAGGAUUUAACCCCAACCAGGGCUUCUUCAAGACUACUAACGAAGGGCUUCUGUACCCCAACCCGGCUGCUCAGAUGCUUGUGGGCGACUCCUUUGCCAGACACUACUACUUCCUGGGCAGAAUGCUCGGAAAGGCCCUCUAUGAGAACAUGCUGGUGGAGCUGCCCUUUGCCGGCUUCUUCCUCUCCAAGCUGCUUGGGACCAGUGCGGAUGUGGACAUUCACCACCUGGCUUCUCUGGACCCUGAAGUCUACAAAAAUCUGCUGUUUCUCAAGAGCUAUGAUGGUGAUGUGGAGGAGCUGGGCCUGAACUUCACUGUGGUCAACAAUGACCUCGGGGAGGCACAGGUAGUUGAACUAAAAUUUGGAGGGAAAGAUAUCCCUGUGACCAGUGCCAAUCGGAUUGCGUAUAUCCACCUGGUGGCCGACUACAGGCUGAACAGGCAGAUCCGCCCACACUGCCUGGCUUUCCGGCAGGGCCUGGCCAACGUGGUGAAUCUGGAGUGGCUGCGAAUGUUCGACCAGCAGGAAAUCCAGGUGUUGAUUUCUGGGGCCCAGGUUCCCAUCAGUCUAGAGGACCUGAAGUCCUUCACAAACUAUUCAGGAGGCUAUUCCGCCGACCACCCUGUCAUCAGAGCCUUCUGGAGAGUCGUGGGAGCGUUCACGGAUGAAGAGAAGCGCAAACUGCUCAAGUUUGUGACAAGCUGCUCCCGACCCCCUCUCUUGGGGUUCAAGGAGCUGUACCCUGCGUUCUGCAUUCACAACGGAGGCUCUGACCUCGAGCGACUCCCCACAGCCAGCACCUGCAUGAACCUGCUGAAGCUCCCCGAGUUCUGUGACGAGGCGCUUCUGCGAAGUAAACUUCUCUAUGCUAUUGAAUGUGCUGCUGGCUUUGAGCUGAGCUGAGCCGAGACCGGGACCGACCGUCUGCAGAGAAACAGUGGUGCCCCCGCGGAAGCAGCGCCUCCGGCGGCGAGGAGGUGCAGCCUGUCCCCGCAGCUCUCCUAAGCUCCCCCCUCCCCUCCCUGCAUCUUUUGAUGAUUUGUUAAGUUGUGGUCAUUUCUUUAGAUGGACGUUGCUUUUCAAAUAACUUAAAAUAACAUGUUUGGUGCCAUGUGGCUCAUUUAGUAAUUUCACCAAGGAGAGCACAGGUUUAAGACAAGUGGCAACUCAGUGAAAUUGACCAAAGAGGAACCUUGGCUCUGUGGAUGGAGAUGCGCCUCCCUGCUGGGUGGCCGCCCUGAGACCAGCCCGCCGCCUCCGGUCGCGCUGGCGCUCUUCCCGCAGCGCAGGGUCUGGGAGUGGGCGGGCGUGCUUCUCGGCCGCGCGACCGCAUGCGGUUGAAUUGUUUACAGGCCUGAUCGUCAAAACUAAAGGCAUUUUGUUCCUGCUGCCUUUUCCCCAAGUGGUUAGGUUUGGAAAAUAGAUACCGAUGGUGAUACUCUGUGUGCGCUUCGUAAGCCAUUUCCCGGGGGGCUAGCAUGCUUGUUUUUAGUAUGCCACUGGCCGCAUCAUAAUGGCUUGGGUGUCACUGUGUGUGAGGUGGGUGCUUCAUCCUUUUUGCACUCCUGUCUCCGCUAGGUCCCUGGAGAGCUUCGCGGGAGGGGAGGGUCUCGUCUAGUGUCCGUGGCACAUAUGUGACUUGGGUGGUGUAGACACUGCAACACCCAUUCGAGUGGCUUGAACCAAAGUGACAGCUGCACCCUUGUGCCGCGGCCUGCAUGCGGGCCUUCCAAGGCGCGUGCCCUCCCGUCCCUGGGCCACGCCAGCCAGUCUUCCUGGGUUUGGGGGGCUCGCCCUGCGCUCAUCGACCGUGCUGCUCUGGAAGAGGACAGGGCGGCCCCCACACGUGUCGGGAGGAGUAUGUGGUCCUCCCCGGCCAAGGCACUUUAUCUGGAUCUGACUGGCCGGGGAUUGCGGCUUCGGGGAAAAGGGCACUUGCAGGCGUCCGCUGUGGGAGCAGAGUGGCCGUUGGCCAAUGCGGGAGCGCCAGGAAGCCGAGCUCCGGCCCUGCCACGGCUGGGGUGUCACUGUCGCCGGGCUCAGGGGCUGCCUACCGAGCUGGCCAGAAUUAGCAAUAUACUUUUAAAUGUGGGGAAACUAAAUGACACUUUUAAGACAAUGACCAUUAUCAAAUCAAAAUGUAUAAUUUCUUAAUUUGAGUAAUAAAUUAAGCCUUUACAUCCUAUUUGUGGUCUUAAUAUACAGAAAUAAAAUAAUUAGGGCUUGUC